UCUCUCUCUCUCUCUCUCUGACCCUCCAAUGGCGUUUCUGUCUUCCACACAGUGAGACAGAGCAAAACUUCCAUCACAUACUUGAAGUUGAAGAGAGAGAAGAGCGAGCCGGCAAAUAACAAUAUGGAGGCUCCACUGCUAGUCAAAGCCGAAGAGGAAGAGAAGAAUAUAAGGUGGGAGAAGCUAAAGAAGGUAGCUUCAAUGGCGGCUCCAAUGGUGGCUGUAAACUUGUCUCAGUAUCUUCUCCAGGCCACUUCGACGAUGAUCGUCGGCCACCAGAGCGAAGUUUCCCUCGCCGGAAUCGCUCUCGCCAGCUCCUUCGCUAACGUCACCGGAUUCAGUCUCCUUUUUGGACUUUCGGGUGCGUUGGAAACGCUAUGCGGACAAGCAUUUGGAGCAAAACAGCAUCAGAAACUGGGUUCCUACACUUUCACUUCCAUAGUUUCUCUUCUCAUUGUCUGUUUCCCAGUCUCUCUCCUUUGGAUCUUCAUCAAGAAGAUCCUGUUAUCGUUUCAUCAAGACCCUCAAGUGUCAGAGAUUGCUUCCGUUUAUUGUCUUUGGCUUAUACCUGCAUUGUUCGGAUACUCUGUUCUACAGUCUCUGGUUCGGUAUUUGCAGUCACAAAGACUGAUAUUUCCUAUGGUUUUGAGCUCUUUAACCGCCCUAUGUAUCCACAUACCGGUUUGUUGGGUCUUGGUUUACUCUCUAGGGUUUGGAGCCAAAGGUGCGGCCAUAUCUAUCAGCCUUUCGCAUUGUCUUAACGCGGUUUCCCUCUGGGUUUUCGCCAAACGCUCUCGAGCUUGUGAAGAAACUCGAAUCCAAAUAUCGAAAGAAGCCUUUGGUCACAUGAAAGCUUUCUUUAAAUUGGCAGUACCUUCUGCUCUGAUGAUCUGCCUCGAAUGGUCGGCGUUCGAGAUUCUAAUCCUGCUUUCGGGGCUUCUACCGAAUGCAAAACUCGAGACAUCCGUGAUCUCUAUGAUAUUUACAACCUCGUCUUUGCACUACAAUUUGGCAAGUGCAGUGGGUGCUGCGGCCAGAAACUAUACAGGUUUCCAAAAUGUGCAGUACCAAUGUAGCAAACGAGCUCGGGGCUGGAAAUCCCGUGGCUGCUUCCGCGUCUGCGUUUCUCGCGAUUACAAUCGCAGCCUCCGAGUCGAGUAUCGUCAGCAUUGCACUCUUCUUCUUACGCGGUGUUUGGGGCUAUGCCUACAGCGAUGUGGAGGAAGUGACUCGCUAUGCCGCGGAGAUUACUCCCAUUCUCUGCGUUUCGAUAGUCAUGGACAGCGUUUCAGCCGCUCUAACGGGUAUCAUAAGAGGAGCAGGAAGGCAAGGGAUUGGAGCUUACGUGAACAUAGGGGCAUUUUAUCUGGUGGGGAUUCCGGUGGCCAUUCUCUUGUGUUUCGUCCUUCACUUGAACGCGAAAGGACUUUGGAUCGGCAUCUUCUCAGGCUGUACGCUGCAGACUGUAACCCUCCUUCUGGUUACAGCAUUCACCAGUUGGUCCGAAGAGGCGAUGAAGGCGAGAGAGAAUCUUUGAAAGCGAAACCUCCGAGGAAUGACCAAUCGGCAGCCCAAAAGGUGGCAACCUGAAAGGCUUAGGCCCAAUCGGAGAUGGGCCCCGAUAUUUGAAGGGUGGCGGGCCGGGUGGCCCAAACUGAGGUGGGCCUCGUCGAGGUCCGUGACUAAAAUGCGCGUAAUGGGAACGCGUAAAGUUGACGGGUCUACUCACAAACGCGUAGAAUAAUGGACUGAAGUCAAUAAUAAUAUUAAUUACGCAGACUCGCCCAUAUAUUAAUAUUAGUACUAAGGUAUUCAGUCACAUAAACAAUGACUAUAUUUAAUGCAUAUUUUACGAAGGUUUUUAUUUUUA